CACAGCAGCAAGCAAGCAAGCAAAGAGGCUGCUCUUACUAGCUAGAGGCAUACAGCAUUGCUGAGCAGUUGAGAGUUCCCAAGGCUAGUUUUAGAUAUGCAUGUGCCUUUGUGAAGCAAAAGAUGCUUUAUUCCUGCCUAUUCCACUAUGCUAGAUAGCUGUAAGCUGAAAACUGGAGGAACUUUGCCAUUUGGAUACAAUAAGAGAACAAAUGCAGUUGGGUCCAGUAAUGCAGAUCUCCUGUCAGCUAAUCCAGGAAUGUACCAGUUGGACAUCACAUUGAAGAAGGGACAAAAUUUAGCAGCACGGGAUCGUGGAGGGACCAGCGAUCCAUAUGUCAAGUUUAAAAUUGGAGGAAAAGAAGUGUUUAGAAGUAAAACAAUACACAAGAACCUCAAUCCUGUGUGGGAGGAAAAAACUUGCAUUCUUGUUGAUCAUCUUAGGGAGCCUUUAUAUAUAAAGGUCUUUGAUUAUGACUUUGGGCUUCAAGAUGACUUCAUUGGCUCUGCGUUUUUGGAUCUUGCUGCAUUAGAAUUAAACAGACCAACAGAUGUUACCCUGAGUCUAAAGGAUACUCAUUAUCCUGACCAUGAUAUGGGAACUAUAUUACUAUCAGUACUAAUGGCUCCAAGAGAAGAGCAAAAGGAAGUGACAAUGCUAAUGAGGAAGAGUUGGAAAAGAUCAAGUAAGUUUCAGACCCAGAGUUUACGUCUGUCAGACCUUCACAGAAAAUCUCAACUAUGGAGAGGGAUAGUCAGUGUCACUUUGAUAGAGGGUCGUGGUCUCAAGGCUAUGGAUGCAAAUGGGUUGAGUGAUCCUUAUGUGAAGUGCCGUUUGGGGCAUCAGAAAUACAAGAGCAAGAUUGUGCCAAAAACUUUGAAUCCUCAGUGGAGAGAGCAGUUUGACUUUCAUCUCUAUGAAGAGAGAGGUGGAAUUAUUGAUAUUACUGUGUGGGACAAAGAUGCUGGCAAGAGGGAUGAUUUUAUUGGCAGGUGCCAGGUUGACCUGUCGGCCCUGAGUAAAGAACAAACUCACAAGCUGGAGUUGCAGCUGGAGGAAGGAGAAGGAUGCCUGGUAUUGCUGGUCACCCUGACAGCCUCAGCUGCAGUCAGUAUCUCUGACCUCUCUGUCAACUCCUUGGAGGACCAGAAAGAGCGAGAAGAAAUACUGAAGAGAUAUAGCCCAAUGAGGAUGUUUCAUAAUCUGAAGGAUGUGGGAUUUCUACAAGUGAAGGUCAUCAGAGCAGAAGCAUUGAUGGCAGCUGAUGUUACAGGUAAAAGUGACCCAUUUUGUGUAGUUGAGUUGAACAAUGACAGACUGCUGACACAUACAGUCUACAAGAAUCUCAACCCUGAAUGGAACAAAGUCUUCACAUUCAAUAUUAAAGAUAUCCACUCAGUUCUGGAAGUGACAGUUUAUGAUGAAGAUCGAGAUCGGAGUGCUGACUUUCUGGGCAAAGUUGCUAUACCAUUGCUGUCUAUUCAAAAUGGUGAACAGAAAGCCUACGUCUUGAAAAACAAGCAGCUGACAGGGCCAACAAAGGGGGUCAUCUAUCUUGAAAUAGAUGUGAUUUUUAAUGCUGUGAAAGCCAGCAUACGAACAUUAAUGCCCAAAGAACAGAAGUACAUUGAAGAGGAAAACAGACUGUCUAAACAGCUGCUACUAAGAAACUUCAUCCGCAUGAAGCGUUGUGUCAUGGUACUUAUAAAUGCUGCCUACUAUGUAAACAGUUGCUUUGACUGGGAUUCACCUCCAAGGAGUCUUGCUGCUUUUGUGGUAGUGGAGGACAUGCUAGAGGACGAGGAAGAAGAGGAUGACAGAGAUGACAAGGAUAGUGAAAAGAAAGGAUUUAUUAAUAAACUUUAUGCCAUCCAAGAGGUUUGUGUCAGUGUCCAAAAUGUCCUUGAUGAAGUGGCUUCACUUGGAGAAAGGAUAAAGAAUACAUUCAACUGGACUGUCCCAUUCUUAAGCUGGCUGGCAAUUGUUGCCCUCUGUGUGUUCACAGUCAUCCUGUAUUUCAUUCCACUGAGAUACAUUGUCCUUGUCUGGGGCAUCAAUAAAUUUACAAAGAAACUUCGAAGUCCAUAUGCAAUUGAUAACAAUGAGCUACUUGACUUCCUUUCCAGAGUCCCUUCAGAUGUACAAGUGGUGCAAUACCAAGAACUGAAACAUGAUCCCAGUCACAGCCCAAGUAAGAGGAAGAAAAACAAUCCUGGCUAACCAGCUUCAUGUUCGGAGAGGACUAGCAUCUGCUGGGGGAAGAUAAAAGGAAAAGCCCAAAGCCUAAGCAGCACUUCCUUUCUUUAAGCUUUUUAUUUUGCCUUUUUAUCCAAUGGAGAGAAUUUGUAAAUAUUGUACAAAGGCAUUUACCAUUGAAACUAUACUUACUUACCAUUGUAGAGACAAAUUUGGUGAAGGUUUAAAGUAUGGCUUAUGCUUGUGUGAAAGCCUUAUAAAAAACAUAACCCAUUACACGGAUUAAUGUAAAAUAAGAACUGGCAGAUAUUUUGUAAUGUAGGAGAAGGCACAUAUAAAUAAAUAUUCAAGUCAUGCUGAUUAAAUCUGCAAAAAUGUAAAUUUAAAUCUGAUUCAAAAAAGGCAAGUGAAGUUUUAUUUGUGAGCAUUAAUAUUUGUAUUGUUAGUCUCCAUUACGCUUUUUCUAUGUUUAUACAUUUCAAGAGAAAUACAGUGCGAUGGAACCUACUGCACUUCAGUUUUAUCAGAAAUCCUGAACUUUAGAUCCCAAUGUUAACAUCUUGUACAAUGUAUUCAUGCUGACUAGGACUGCUUGUAAGCUCAUUAAGUGUAUACCAAGUGUAAAUCCCUUUCUGGGACUCCAUUCACUGAAGAAGUUACCUGCCACUUUUAUCAUUCCAUCAUAAGAUUUUAAAAUACAUACAUCUCUCUAAAAAUACUGCCAGGUUUGUAAUUGCAUAUGUAACUUUUUAUAUGUACCACUAAUCUUAAUUUGUACUAACUAGUUUGCACCUGACCUCAGUACUUUAUUCGCUAAAAAAAAUAUCAUCACACUAAAUCCAUCUCGCUUCAGGUGUCAGAUUAUGAACACCAUUUGUGCAUAUACAAAUUUUAAUACCAAACUUACAGAAAAUGUUUUUGCAUUCUAAUUGCAAGGUCAUAUUUUAAAUGCUUUAUGGCAUAUUUCAUUAUGUGUUACCCAUGUGAAAUAUAGUGUAAAAAUGCAGUGUGGUAAAAGUGAUAUUCCAGUUUAUUUCUUUAGUUAAUUAUAUAAUUGGUCCUUCUGAUACAGCUGUGCCCUAUUGCAUUGCAUGUAAAUUCAAUGAAACAUACAGAAAAAUGGUUUCUAUUUAAAAUAUUUUAAAUAGUUGUUGGAUAAUGAAUACUUUGGGACAUAGUCUUACGUCUCUGCAUGGAGAGUUAUACACCUGGCUCUCCAUAUAGCAAGUUGAGAGUAUGUUACUAAGGGCCUCAUUGUAUGUCUGCUACUUAAAUCUCCUUGUGAUGUCAGAGGGAAUUUGGUCCAAGUGAAAACUGAAGGACUACACCCUCAAUAACUAAGCGAUCCAUGCCCUACCCUGUGAAACAUCUGGCUUUUUGUUGCAAUUGCUGGGAAAGUUUGUGUUGCAAUACUGUAACAAUACAUUUUGAUAAAGGAUAUUUAGGAGGAAUAUGCAGGGAGUUGAAUGUAUAUAUUAAUGUCUAAAGAAUUAUUCUUUAGCUGCAUUGCUCUUUAGAACUAUUUUAAAAUUAUUUUUAUGUUAAAGAUAUGUUGCUAAUUAAUGUUUCUUAUAGGAGAACUAUUUUGAUCUUUUCUGUUUGUACAAAGCUCUGGAGAGAAUGCCAGUCAUAUUACCUUUCUGUAGAAAGGCUCUGACCUAAAUAUGCUCCAAAUAGAUCAUCAUGUUAUAGUGAUCUAUUUAAAAGGCAUACAUAUCUAUCCUGUCAUCAUUCAUUGCUGAAGAACAAUACACCAUUAACGAUGUCAACCUUAUUAACGACCUUUAUCGAUAAGACUUUUGUUUGCAAUAACUUUCAAUUUGAUAAUGUAAAAAAUUGUUCUGCGCCGACAAUGUCUACAGACUUCCUCUGAUAUACUGCAAGCCUUGCACUCUUUUGCUAUUGUCCAUCAUUCUGUGUGAAACUUCAUGUUUGUUUAGCUGUGCUCAAUUUUCAUCUGUUUAUUUCAGUGAUAGCGUCUAACAUUUGUCCAUUUACUGCAUUAAACACAGACACUUUUAUGUAUAUCAGUAUUUUAGGUAUUUGGCAGCAUUUUUCUUUGUUAUCCUACACCCACAUGUUCCUAUGUAUUAUAUGGUGAAAGACAUAUCAACUGAAGCUGAAUGAAAACUUAAUGUUGCAGUACUGAGUGGUAUUUUUCAGGAUCAAAAUUAAAAGGAGAAAUUCUGGUGGAGUGGGGAAUCUACUGGUUAAUAAAAUUAUUUAAAUUAUUUGAUGCCUUCACUAUUUACAGUCUCGCUACAUGCAGAAUGCAUCAAAGCAACACCAUUGCCUUAAAUUACCUUCACAGGGUUACCUGCACCAGUAAGAAAACAGUUUCUUCACCAAAAUGUCAGUGAUUUGGUUAUGAGCCCAUUCUCUCUCUGCCACAUGUUCAAUUUAAGGCAUGAUGGAAGCCAGCCAAAAUAUAUGGGGCACAUUUUGUUGAAUAAUUUUGUGGCUGGUUUCCCAUUUUGUCUCACUAUUAAUUGCCUGAACAUGUGGCUAGGUUACUAUUUAAGUUGCUAUUAACAAGUUAAUCAGGUCUUAAGUGUAACAUCUGCCAGGAGCUUUAAUCAGAAGGACUCUGGGUUUUAUUCAUAACUUCACGACUAACUCAAAAUAUGAACAUUACUUGGGCUGGUUAUUCUUCAGUUUCACUUUGCAAAGAAAAGAAAUGGUUCUCACAGUGGUAUUAUGGCUUUAGUGAAAGGUGCUGCCAUAGUGCAGAUAACAUUUUGAAUAUUUUUUUUCACAUUUACUUAUACUGCAGAAAGUUUUGUUAUCCUUGAGUUCAAAUAUUAGUGAAAUAUAAAUGGUUUAAUUUUAAAAGG